CUAUCUCAUGCCCGUUGUCCACAUCUGAAAGUUGUAUAACUUAUCCCCACACAUGGCAAGCAAAUCCAGAGCCGCCCAUACCCCACUUAAAAUUGAUCAUUUGAGUUGUAUACUUAACAAACUGUCUAUUCGUUUCUCUUUCAAACUCUUCAACCUGUAACUUCUUCGGUUCAAGAUGAUGAUGCUGAUGAUGCAGAGGUUAUCGAGAUCAAAAUCAGUAGCCGAUGCAUUGUCGAAAACUAUUCGACAUCGUAGCGCCUUCUUUUCAACUUCUAUGCUGUUUGAUGAUACCCAGAUUCAGUUUAAAGAGAGUGUUGCACAAUUUGCACAAGAGCAUAUCGCUCCUCAUGCAUCAAAAAUAGACGCAACGAAUAAUUUCCCAAAGGAGGUUAACUUAUGGAAAUUAAUGGGCGACUUUAAUCUUCAUGGAAUCACCGCCCCAGAGGAAUACGGAGGGCUAGGGCUUGGUUACGUAUAUCACUGCUUAGCCAUGGAGGAAAUUAGCCGUGCAUCAGGAUCAGUUGGUUUAUCUUUUGGCGCACAUUCUAACCUCUGCAUUAAUCAGUUGGUGAGAAAUGGAACCGCAGCCCAGAAGGAAAAAUAUUUGCCUAAGCUAAUCAGUGGGGAACAUGUGGGAGCCCUUGCAAUGAGUGAACCUAAUGCUGGCUCAGAUGUUGUUGGCAUGAAAUGCAAAGCUGAUCGUGUUGAUGGCGGUUAUGUUCUUAACGGGAACAAGAUGUGGUGCACCAACGGUCCCAUUGCUCAAACACUGGUGGUUUACGCUAAAACAGAUAUUGCUUCUCGUUCAAAAGGGAUAACCGCGUUUAUUAUCGAGAAAGGGAUGCCCGGGUUCAGUACUGCCCAAAAAUUGGACAAACUUGGAAUGCGAGGAAGUGACACAUGCGAGCUUGUUUUUGAAAAUUGCUUCGUUCCUAAUGAGAAUGUUCUUGGUGAAGAGGGAAAAGGAGUUUAUGUGAUGAUGUCGGGUUUAGAUAUAGAAAGACUUGUACUGUCGGCCGGACCAGUUGGCAUCAUGCAAGCAUGUCUUGAUGUUGUUCUUCCUUACAUCCGCCAACGAGAACAAUUCGGUCGCUCCAUUGGGGAGUUUCAACUUAUGGAGGGAAAAAUUGCGGACAUGUAUACGUCUUUACAGUCUUCAAGAUCAUACAUGUAUUCUGUUGCAAGACAAUGUGACAACGGAAUACUUAUUCCAAAGGAUUGUGCUGGAGUUAUACUCUUUGCUGCUGAAAGAGCCACCCAAGUUGCUCUGCAGGCGAUUCAAUGCCUAGGUGGCAAUGGGUAUGUAAACGAGUACCCGACUGGGCGGUUGCUACGCGAUGCUAAGUUAUACGAGAUUGGUGCUGGAACAAGUGAGAUCAGAAGAAUGAUUAUUGGUCGUGAACUCUUUAACGAGAAAUAAGAAAAUCGGUUUUCUAGAUAACACUUUUAAUUGACAUGCAUACCUCAAGAAUGUAGCCAGUCGAAAUGUGUAAUGAGAAAUGGGAAAAUAUCCGAAUGAAUUACAACGAAGGGAAAUUUUUAAUGUAUACAGAAAAACUAAUAAAACAAAACAAAUAAUACACAAUUAACACU